AUGUCCUCCGGCUCCAACCCAAGGGUCACCAUCACUCUCGGCCGCUCUGGUCAGGUGGUGACUAAGGAAGGUAAACGGUCUCCAGGGGAAGGGUCAUUGAUGUCUUCCAACAAACGAUGUGUCACCCUCUUUCUCUCUCUUGUAGGCUGUAACUUGUGUGGCCCUUUGUCUUUGUCAAUUACUCGGCAUCGAGGAGAUCGCAUGAAAUGGAGUCCUAGUCAUUCUGAAGAGAAAGGAUCUCGAAUCGCUAGUAAUGAUCUCCGCUUGAAGCUCAUUCGUAAAAGGCAGUUGAAGAGAUCACACGAUGCUGUGAAGUACCCCAAGAAAGUUGCAGUACAUCCAACAUCAUCAAGAUCCAGUGAAGCCCCUACGAAUUAUAGAACUUUACCGAGCAGGCCUUCUUCCAGUAGUCACUAUAGCAAUCUGAGGCUGCCAACUUAUCUUGAACAAUAUGCCAGCGAGAGUGGGGUACUCUACUCUUCUCAGUUCUUGACAAGAGGAUCAAGAAGAGCAAGUACCUUUAUGCAUCUUGAUGAACAUGUUACUGUGGCGGGUUUCUUGCAUUCACUUGGACUGGGGAAAUACUGCAUCAGCUUCCAGGCAGAGGAAGUAGACAUGACUGUACUAAAGCAGAUGAGGGAGAAAGAUCUUAAAGAUAUGGCCAUACCGAUGGGACCAAGAAAGAAGAUCCUUCUUGCUCUAUUGCCACCUCCGAAAAAGCGGGCUUCAUGA